AUGAAUGAUUGUAUACGUUAUGUCUCGAAGCUGUUUCAGUGGGGGAACGACCAUAUCCAGAGAGAGCGCCCUGCCAACUCGGAACUAGAGGCUGUCUUUAACGAGAUUAACAAGAGGACAGCCCAUAUGGGUGCUGACCACAAUGGUGUUCCUACUAGUCUUGUUGGAUCGGCACAGUUUGUUGUUGAGUGGACCAAGUAUUUAACGCACAAGAUCAUGCAGUUCCAUGACAAUUUUGUGUCCUACCAGGUUUCGUUUCUUGUCAUGGCCACGGUAUUGAUUGUUUUGGGGACCCUGCUGUCUGUGAAGUCUAUCCCCACGACGGCAUUGCCACCUACGAGGGAGCAUCAUUUGUUUGACCCAACGGACAACGAAGUCAACUCAGAAUGCAUGAUUAAGGACAUGAACAAGAACAAGAGGGGUCGUCUCGAGUGUGCAUCGGCAUCGCUGCACGAGGACGACUGGCUUCGCGGUGACAUUUCAACGGGCCACGCAUUCGUCGCCCCGAUCGUGAUCACGGCCACAUUAGUGGGUCUGUACUACCUUCACCACUGGGGGAAACUGCCCCAUUUCGCACGCAUCUUCCGUUGGUUCGUCCUGGGGGAAGGUUGCUUCAGCGUUAUCUCCGUGACGGCAAACAUUUGGCGGUCCGCUCUCCGUGUCGUGUGCCACAAGUACCGGUGUAACCCAUUGAGAGUAGCAUCCAGAUACCGGGUCUCACUGGUGGAUGAUAACGCGGAGGCACAUAGCAUAAACGAUGGGUGUGUCGACGUGAAUCCGUACUACCAUGACCAGUCCCUUGGUGUACGCGAUGACCAAGACGUGAGUGACAAGACGGGCAAGUUGAGAAGGUGUGGUCAAUGCGAGGCGAUGAAACCCACGGCGAUCCCCAUGGGGCAGCAGCUGGCGAACGUGUAUUUCGAUUGGAUCCAAGUCGGGUCGCUGUGUUUUGCAGGGCUUACAAGUUGGAUUUACUACUGGCACCCUAACAACUGGAUCGUGUCCAACAUCCUGUCCAUGAACGUGACCAUUUGGACCAUCAGCCGUUGGAACCUCAAGGAUCUGAAAGUCGGUAUGCUGUUGCUAUGCGGGUUGUUCCUGUACGACGUGUAUUUCGUGUUUGGAACCAACGUCAUGGUCACCGUAGCCAACAACCUGGAUUUACCCGUCAAACUGCUGUUGCCCACUGCUGGGAAUGGAGACUCUGCGGGUCCCGGGGUCAGUAGUGGCUUGAACUACGCACUUUUGGGAUCCGGGGACGUGAUUUGUCCCGGGUUGUUCAUCUCGAUGUGUUACAAGUUCGACAUUUGGCGGUGGCAUUCAGUGCACGAGGACACCGAGUUCCACCUGUUGAACCUGGGCCGGUACGUGGGGCGUUACUCGACCGUUGCGUUGGUAAGUUACAUAGUCGCCCUGUGCGGCUGCCUCGUGGCAGCCGAUGUGUGGGACGUUGCGCAGCCCGCCAUGCUGUACGUCGUUCCCUGCCUUGUCGGCAGUGUCUCGUUAGUGGCCUACGCAAGCGGGGACUUCCGAGAGUUCUGGAACUUCAGCUACGACACGGUCAUAGUGGACACCACACCGGGCAGCGAUUCGUGCGAGCCCGCCAGCAGCGACUUGGACAUCCUCCUCGACGACGGCAGUGCAGAGGGCAUGCGCUACGACGAGGACGCGGACGCGGACUACAUCUCUGGCGACGCGUCAUCGGGAAGUGAGGACGACGAGGACGUCGACGCCGACGGCGACGAGGACGUCGACGCCGACGGCGACGACGAAGUGGCGCAGGAAUGA